GGGAAUGUCAAAUCAAGGAUGACGUCAAAUAUUUGACUAGCUUCUAGGAUAAUUUUUCGCUGUGUAAAUUCGAUGAGCGGUCAAGUGAACAAAUACAAGUAAUUAAAAUCUAAAAGGUAGUUCAGAACAGUCGAGAUGAAGUUGUUGGACAUCGUACGUCGUACCUUAAACUUGGAGUUCUUCGUACAUUUUUGCGUUCGUUAAUGCGAUAGUGCGCUACAUUUCUGCUGAAGUUGUCCUUAUUGUUUUUUGAUAAAUCACAUUCAGUGAGUUUCACAUUCAAUUAUUGAAAUGAUUACCAUCAACAUUUCCACAACCUUUUCAUGUUAACACACUUGGAAGAGUAUGAAAAUCGAUAAACAAUUAGAUCAACAUCUAACAGUUAUCCUCCUAAACUAGCUACUGAACGAUUAAAUAACAUAAUUUUACGUUCUACACUUCCGGCAUAUUCUGCUUUACAGUAGUAAUGUCACAAGGAUACUUUGUUGUCUCGGUGAGACUAUUAGAAGACGAAAAAAUGGAAGAAAUAAACGUGCCGGAAGAUGCCUCUGGAAAAUGGCUUUUUGAAGAAAUCUGUUGUCAACAAGGAGUGAUGCAGGAACGUGAAUAUUUCGGCCUUCGUUACCUGGAACAUGAAAUGCUUUCGUCUCCAACAAAGCGUUGGAUCGACCUUACGAAAAAUUUGUCAUCACAACUCAAGCACACUUAUCCUCGUCAAGUAAGCUUUCGUGUUAAGCAUUACCCAGCUGACCCGAUUGUUGAUUUGAGGUUACCUAAAUCCCACUACCUCCUCUAUCAUCAAUUGCGUCGUGAUUUAAUAAGUGGGAGAUUAGUUGUACAGACUGAUGUCCUAGUCCGACUUGCUGCACUUGUAGUUCAAGUGGAACUUGGAGACAUUUCAGCGCAGGAACCGCUUGAGACAUCCGUAAAGAAUGACAAACAUCAAUAUUUACGUGAAUUUCGUGUGCUGCACAAUCAGACUGAACGCCUUGAAUCGCUUAUCAUAAAAGAACAUGAAAAACUGGAGAAUUUUUUACCUUCUGAAGCUGCUAGUGAAUUGAUACACCUUGCCAGCAGUCUGGAUACAUAUGGUAUUGACCCGAUUCGUGUUAAGACUAAAGCUUAUGGCUCACGACACAUACAUUUGGGUCUUACUCAUCAAGGUGUAGCUGAAUUUAUAGGCAACCGGCGCCAAAAGUUAUAUCCAUGGUCAGCUAUCUCUUGGAUGACUUGUAAUGGCAGAGAUUUUGUUGUUGCAACUUCAUAUCAACAUCCUGGACGAAAGAAAAAGACAAUAACAACUAUUCAUUAUAAAUGCGAUAAUAAGUCUGUUGCACAAGCUUUAUGGGAAUGGGCAUCAGAUCGACAAUUGUUUUUCACUUUAGAUAAAUCUUCAUCUGUCAAACCGGUUAAAUCGAAGAAAACACUGUUCCAACGAACAAGAACCUUUACAUUCUCUGGCCGAUGUCGUCGUGAAGUUAUUGGAAGACCACUGCUAACCACUAGUUUACCCACUGAUAUAUGUGGAAUUUCUGUAGCUGAAGAAAAUCUUUCUUUUAAUAAUCCAACUUCAAGUAAUGCAUAUAGUCUAAGUAUGGGUGCUCUCACAAAUGGUACUAGUCGUAGUACGAAUACACAUAUUGAAAACAAUGUUGAAGAUGGUGAAUCAACUCAGACUGCUCCAGCUACUACAACUUCAGGAUUAUUAUCAAUAUCAUCAACAUCGUUAGGCUAUUCACGAGCUCCUGCAUUAUCAGAGCCUUCAGUAGCACGUAAUAUCACUAAUAAUUCAAUAGAGGAAAGUAUUGAAAAUCAAGUCAGUUCACACAAUCUCUCAGGUCCCUUUGUUGUUAAUUCAAAUCAGUUGGUUCCACUUUUUACUAAUCUACCUAAACAUCGUUUCAGUACAGAAGCUAAAAGAAGGCAACGUGAAAUUUUGAAGCAACAGUCGAAAUAUGGAUUAUAUCAACAAAAUCACUCAGAUAUAUUCGAUACUGAUGAUGAAUGUGACAAUGAUGAUACAUCAUCAGAAGCUGCAGUGGAAGCUCUAAAUUCUGCUGCCAAAGCUGGAGAAGCAUGGUUAACCAAUGAGUUAGGACAGGAGGGCAAAAAACGAAUAUCACUUUCACCUGCUAAAUCAUGGUUCAGUUUUUUCCAUUCAUCAAAUACUGAAAAGGACGAUAAGCAAACCUCUUCUGUUCAAAGUGAAAAUGUUCGUAACGCUAAUCAUUCAUCACUUCUGAAUCUAACAAAUAAUGACACUUCUGUUACAGAUAUUGAUUCUGAGUCUUCUACUGAACCUGUAUCUAUUUGGCGUUUUGCUGCUGUAUCUGCUGGCUUCAUGACAUGUGCUUCAAUUUUUGGUUUAGCACUUAUACUUGAAGCUGAAGUGCAUUCACCAAUCAUGGCAACAAUUCGUGGUCAUCCAUGGUUUUUAGAUUUUGAUUCUCGUUUUUAUCGACCUAUGCGAUCUGCUCUUCUUGGUUUCUGGCGUCGUUAAUAAUAUCUACCUAAUAUACUUAGCUUAUUUGUUUAAGUAGCAUAUUUGUCUAACCUUGUUUUUUUUCUUCGUUUAUUUGUUGUGGUUUCUUUUUUAAUAGGAUAGUAUUUUUUUGUAUAGAUUUUUUUCAUUUUCCAGCUUAAAUGUAAAAUGUUUCAAGGUCUACAGUUCAGGUUUACAUAAUCGACAUAUUACGUGAUAUUUGUUGUGCUUUUAUCUUUCUUUCCAGUUGUCAUUUCUGUUGUUGUCCUUUUUGUUUUUUUCCUUGACUAUAAUUUUUGACUUGAGUUUUUUUUCUUUUAUCAUUAUAUUUAUUUAUUGUGUGUUGUUACUAUUAUUAUUCAUAUUGCUACAACUCACUCAUUGUAAUGAAAUUCAUCAAUUUCGGUGUUCUUGAAUAAUAUGUCAUUGUUGUUUUCAUCUACUCGGAUAAUAUCUACAUAUAUAUAACGUGUUUUGAAUUUUUGCUUUCGAAGUUUUCGAUUUCAAUGUUGAUUUGAUGGUGAUGAUCAGCUUUCGUGGUAAUUUCACCCUUUCUAACUUUUAGCAUAAAUUCAAUAAAACUGUAUACUGUAAACAAACACCAUUUUAAACAGUGCAUUUACGGUAGAUAUGUGCAGACAAUGAAAAUUCAUCAGUAGUAUAUUGUUCUGUUUUCUCCGUCAUUGUCAAAUUGCUUAUUAUUUAUCACUGACCUUUUCUUUUUUCAUUUCACUAUAUUUUCAUCCAUUAUUUGUUAAACCCUUUAUAGUUUUUAUUAUAAAUUACUGCAUUUCACUACAAUUUGAAUUACUAUAAAAAUAUAUAUGUGCCUAAAUAGUAUUA